GGAAAAGGGAGAGAAAAAAAGAUAUUACUUUCGAAAAUGCUGGCGCUCACUUCCUUAUCCCCGCGCCCGGCGCGCCCUUCCCCGUCUCCGGCCACGCCUCCUCACCGCCGGCCGCCGCCGCCUCGCGGCCGUAUCCGCCCCACAUACGCCGUAGCCACGGCCGCGUCCGACGGCGGCGGCGCGGCCGACGACUACCACUCCACCAUCCGCUCCCUAAACUCGCACGGCCGCCGCCACGUCCCCCGCAAAUCCCUCGGCCAGAACUACAUGCUGAACGCGAGGGUGAACGAGGAGCUGGUGGCGGCGGCGGGGGUGGAGGAGGGGGACGUCGUGCUCGAGAUAGGCCCCGGGACGGGCUCUCUCACCGCCGCGCUGCUCGCCGCCGGCGCCACCAUCGUCGCCGUCGAGAAGGAUAAGCAUAUGGCUACCCUUGUGAGAGAUAGGUUUGGAUCCACAGAGCAAUUGAAGGUCAUUGAAGAAGAUAUUACAAAAUUUCACGUUCACUCCCAUUUUCUCCCUAUCCUGGAGGAGAAAUCUCAUGGCAAGAAAAAAUACGCCAAGGUUGUGUCAAACUUACCAUUCAAUGUCAGCACUGAAGUUGUCAAACAAAUUCUUCCAAUGGGAGAUGUUUUCUCUGUCAUGGUGCUCAUGCUUCAGGAUGAAGCGGCACUACGCCUUGCAAAUGCUUCAAUACAAACACCAGAGUACCGACCUAUCAAUGUGUUUGUGAAUUUCUACUCUGAACCUGAAUACAAGUUCAAAGUAGAGAGGGCCAACUUUUUCCCUCAACCGACGGUUGAUGGUGGCGUUAUAAGGUUUAAAAUAAAGGAUGCUGGGGAGUAUCCGCUUGUUAGUUCUAACAAAAGUUUCUUUUCAAUGGUGAACUCCGCGUUCAAUGGGAAGCGCAAGAUGCUUCGGAAAUCACUUCAACACCUAUAUUCUUCUGCUGACAUUGAGGCUGCUCUGACCAAUAUCGGUCUUCCGCCUACGGCUAGACCGUCUGAACUGGGGAUGGAUGAUUUCGUGAGGUUGCACAAUCACCUGGGAAAAGUAUGACCACCCCUGCGUUUCAAAAUGCGUAUGGAAUCAUCUUAUUGGUUUGCUCGCUGGACUAAGCAUGCCGCUGAAGUGAUUUGGUUCACAGCUAGAGCGCACUGCAGCUUGCAGGUAAACCAUGUACAGAAGAGAUGGCGGGUUGAUUGGCUCAAGAUAUUGUUCUUUUAUCUGAUACAACAGAUAAUUCUCCAAAUCAUUUCAGAUUAUGCUUGCUGACAGUGACCGCCUAGUAUUCUCCAGCAGUCCCACAGCCUUCACCGCAACAUAAUCGGUGGCACAGCUUCAGCCCACGGCGCUCUUGCAUGGAGAUGAUCAUAGUGAUUGUGAUCCCUAUUCAAAACCAAUGAUAAUAUGCAGGACAUGAUUUGGUCACACAGGAAUCGCAGUUUUUUUCCUUAUCGCAGAUAGCAUCCCUGCAAGAGUGAAGAUACGCAGGCGUUGCAUGUGUAUAAUUUACUGGAAUUAUCUAUCCUCUUGUACUAAUCUUCGCAAGUUGGAGGCAGAAAUGUAGAGAUCAAAUGUCUGUCAGAACAAUCUGAAGAUCAGGCAAAGAUGCUAGCUGCUCAUAGUAAAUUGCCAAGAGUAUUUUUAUGUGUUGACAUAGAUGGUAGAUAGAGGUACGGCCGUUGCUUUUUGAGCUUAAGUUUUGGCUAUAAACUACAACGAAACGUGCAGAUGCUCGAUGUUUGAUUGUGCAGCAUUCUAAUACCUUUUUGCCUGGCAGCGUGUCGCUGUGAUGCAACAUACAGUUACUGCCAGUUAUUUUCCUGACAAAUAUUGGUUA